GGCGGGCCGGAAGCGGCGCGCAGACGCAGUGCGGCGCGGGUCUCGGGACUCCUCUCGGGGACGAUGGCGCUCAACAAGAACCACUCGGAGGGCGGCGGGGUGAUCGUCAACAACACCGAGAGCAUUCUCAUGACCUAUGACCAUGUAGAACUUACAUUCAACGAGAUGAGAACCGUGCCCGAAGCCUUCAAAGGGACCAAAAAAGGCACCAUCUAUCUUACCCCCUACCGGGUCAUCUUCCUUUCCAAGGGCAAGGACCCCAUGCAGUCCUUCAUGAUGCCCUUCUACCUGAUGAAGGACUGUGAGAUCAAGCAGCCCGUGUUCGGCGCCAACUACGUCAAGGGCACAGUGAAGGCCGAAGCAGGAGGAGGCUGGGAAGGCGCCGCUGGGUACAAGCUGACCUUCACGGCUGGGGGUGCCAUUGAGUUCGGCCAGCGGAUGAUGCAGGUGGCAUCCCAAGCGUCCCGCGGUGAAGCCCCCAAUGGAGCCUACGGGUACCCCUACAUGCCCAGCGGGGCCUAUGUCUUCCCCCCGCCCGUCGCCAAUGGAAUGUACCCCUACCCUCCUCCGGGGUACCCCUACCCACCACCCCCGCCUGCAGAGGCCUACCUGGGGCCACCACUGAUGGAUGGGGCCAUGGGCUAUGUGCACCCCCCGCCGCCGCCCUACCCAGGGCCCCUGGACCCGCCGCCGCCUACCAGCGGCCCUGAUGUCCCUGCCACGCCUGCAGCUGAAGCCAAGGCCGCCGAGGCAGCUGCCAGCGCCUACUACAACCCGGACAACCCACACAACGUGUACAUGCCCACGAGCCAGCCGCCCCCACCUCCCUACUACCCACCCGAGGAUAAGAAGACCCAGUAGCUGGACGACCAACCCCACCUCAGCGACCUUCCUUUCCUUCCCUGGGGGGCCGGCCAGGAAGACAUGGGAGGGCUCUGGUUCUCCAGUUCUGAUGAUCAAACACUUGCCAGGAGCCAGCGUGAAGGAGCGGGGCACCCCUGUGCGCAGGGUAGUGCCCCACCCUCCCCGCUAGCUCAGAGCCACAUCCACUCUCCCCCUCUGGGGGCUUCUCAGGACCUUGGGGGGUCCCCCUCAUUCCUGUUUGGCUUCAGUAGCUUGCUCUUGCCACAGAGGUUCUCUGGCCUUCUCUUCCUCCUCUGCGGCUCAGUCCCCCACUCCUGGGUCAGACCCCCCCCAGUCUUCCUGGGGCCCCCCAGGCCCAUGUGGUCACAUUCCUUCACAUGGGGGCUGCUGGACCUCAGUCCACAUUCAGUCCCGAGUAGCCUGCUCACCUGCCUGUUGCCCCCACUCUGUGACUUUGGGGGUUGAUGGCAUGGGCCCCCACUGUCCCAGAGGGGAGGGACAGCUCCCCCAGCUCUGAAAUGUCCUCCUGGUUGCCUUCUCUGUCCCUUUUCCUCCUUGAAGGGACUUCUUGAACUGGAACUGCCCAAUGUUUGUUGGUCUCUCUUCUGCCAUUUGGGAUGUGCGGGGUGGGGGUGCCAGGCCCUCCCUACCCUGCCCAGGCUCAACCCUGCCACCACCUCUGUCAUCUUCCACCUAGCUCAUGCCUGCUAGUGAGCUGCUCCCUGCACUCAAAGCUCAUUUGCUCCUGGACCAGCCACAAAGUGAGAAGCUGGUUUCAAAAGGAAAAAAUAAAACACUCUAUUUAUUGACACACAAAUUCCUGUUAAUAUAUUAAUGUGAAAUAAAGAAGCCCUGUUUGCACCUUGA